AUGCAAUAUGUACUGUAGUAAUAAUACGCGCGAAUUCGAAGUCGGAGUCAGUUUCAUUAUUCACAGGAUAAAAGGAGACCGUUUGAUUUAUUGUUUCAGUUUAAUUUAUUAAAUAAUUCUGCUAAUAAUCAAGCUAAAUUCGUAUAUUUUCAACGAUGUCACGAAUAAGAAGGCUUUCUAUUCGUGGCAUUCGCAAUUUUGGCGAUACAAACGAUGAAGCUAUGAUACGUUUUUCUCGGCCUUUGACACUUAUCCUUGGACCAAAUGGCACUGGAAAAACGACAAUUAUCGAGGCCCUCAAAUUUGCUACUUGCGGUGAAUUUCCACCUGGUUCAGAACGAGGGAAAUCUUUCAUUCACGAUCCAGUUCUAUCGGCGACUUCAUCGGUUCGAGGUGUUGUAAAAGCUGAAAUAAUUGAUGCAGUAGGUAAUCUAUAUAUAAUAUCUAGAACUAUAGAAUCAACAAAAGCAAACAUAACAACGAAAUUUAAAACUCUUGAUAGUGCUUUAAGUAGAGUGAUGAAAGGUACAAAAGAGAUAGUAUCAUUAACUAAUCGAUGUGCUAAUGUUGAUGCAGAACUUACGUUAGCUAUGGGAGUUUCAAAACCCAUUUUGGAUUAUGUGAUAUUCUGUCAUCAAGAAGAUCUUAAUUGGCCUUUCCACGAUGGUAAAAAAUUAAAGGAAAAAUUUGAUGAGAUUUUUGAUAGUGCAAGAUUCAAUAAAGCUCUUGAAAGCAUCAUGAAACAAAUUAAAGAUAUGAAUCAAACUAUGCAUAUAUUGAAAGAGCAAAAACAGAAUUGUCAACUUAUUGUUAAUGAUGUAAUAGAUAAAGAAACAAAACUUGAAGAUAAUAAAAAUCGAUUGGAACGUUCCAAAUCCAAAAUCGAGGAACUUAAUAAAGAAUUAGAACCUGUGUUGCAAAAAAUAAAAAAAUUUGAAAAAUUAGAUGCUGAUUAUAAAGAUCUACAAAAUGAACAAAAAAGAAAAAAAACAGAAUAUGACAUGUUCAGACAGCAAUUGGAUAAAUUAGAAGAAGAUUUACAAUAUGUGUUUGAAGGAACCAUAGAAGAAUUAUUAAAAGAGAUGGAAUCAUACGAUGAAAAAUUAAUACGACAAACUGAUAAAAUAGAAGAGCUUGAGAAGAAAUUAAACAAUAUUGCUGGAAAAGAAUCUAGUAUAUCAAAUAACUUAGCUAAUGAAAGAGUAUCCAAUGGUUCUUUAAGACAACAAAUGAAAGAUCAAGAGAAAAAAAUUAAUCUUCGUAAUAAAUUAUUAAAUGAUGCACUAUUUUCUUGGGGUCUUGAAAACAUUGAUUUAAAUGUAUCAGAAAUAGAGGUAAUGGUUCUCACUAAUAGAAUGGCCGAAAAAAUGGGAAAAUUACGGAAUGAAGUAAGACAGAAAAAACUGGAAAGAGAAGAAGGAGAAAAAGAAUUGCAGAAAACAAUUGAUAUUUUACGUAAUAAAUAUUCAAAAAUAGAAUCAGAAAAAAAUCUUAAAGAAAAUGAAGUAAUUGAAAUAAGAGAAGAAAUUAAUAAAAUAAAAAGUGAUAUUGUGCAGCUGGAUACAGCAGCAAAAAAACUAAAUUCCAUUGAAUCAAAAAUACAAGAAGUACAGAAAAAAAUUCAACAACUAAAUGAAGAAAUGGAUGUGAAUGUUAUGAAAGAAGAAAUUGUUGCUAAAACUAAGAUUCGAAAUGAAAUGGAAACACUUCUAAAUAAAGUUGAUGAAGAAAUAGCUUCAUUAUUGAAACAAAGUGCAUUGCAAGCUGAAUUAGAAUUAAAUAAAUCUACAUUACUUUCUAAAGAGAAGGAAAUAGAAAAAUUAAGGGACAAACAUGAGGAAGAAAUAAUUACUUUACUUGAUAUUAAAAAAUUACCUCAGACUAAAUUAAAAACUAAUUUAGAUAUGAUUCAAAAGCAAUUGAUAAAUGAAAUGGAAUCUAUUAAUCAAGAAAUUCAAACAGAAGAACGUCAAAUAACUACGUUGGAAACAACAAUAUCACAUAUAGAACGUGAACUCUACAAUAAACAGAGAGAAAUAAAUUUGGAUAAAGAAAAAAUUUCAGCGAUUUGUCAUUACAAAAAUUUUGAUGAGACAUUAUUAUUACAAUCAAAAAAAGUGAAAAAUCUUCAAGACAAAAGAGGAAUGUAUGCUCAUCAAAGUGCAGCUUAUAAAGAAUAUAUGAAGCAAUUAAGAGAAAAAACAAAUCCUUGCUGUCCUCUAUGUCAUAGAGAUUUUGACAAACGUGAAACUGUUAUAGCUUUAUUAAAAGAAAUGGAAAAUGAAAUGGAAAAUCAUCCAAAUCGUUUGAAGGAAUGUGAAAAAGAAUUAAAAAUACACCAAGAAAAAUAUGAUAAAAUGUUGCAACUGAAGGCAGUUGUCGAAAAAGUAAUACAGUUAGAAGGCAAUGAAUUAGAGAAAUUAAUGAAUGAUUUAGAGAAAUCUAAAAAUAAGUUAAAUAAAUCUCGAGAAACUGUAAUGGAAUUAGAAACAAAAAAAUCUUAUCCCGAAAAGAAAUUAGUAAUUUGCAAAGACAUCAUAGGUGAUAUUAUGUUAUGGGACACAUAUAUUGAUGACACUUUUAAGCUAGAGCAAACAAUUGGAAAUUUGCAAAUUCGUAUGACUGCUGCAGGCAUUGAAACCACACGUAAUCUUGGGGAAGCUCAAAGUCAAAGAGAAGAGUUGAAAAUCUCUAUAAAAAAUAUUCGUGAUGCUAUUGAAGAAUUACAAUUUAAAAUAAAUAUGCAAAAUGAAAGAUUAAAUAAUGCUCGACAAGAGCAAAAUACAUUACAGGAGGAACAAUUAAAAAUACAAUCAGAUAUGCAGAAAGUAAAAGAAUUGAAGAAAAGACAAGAAACUUUGUACAUGAAAGAAAUUUCUUUUGGAAAAUCAAUUAAUAUGUUAAAAACAGAAAUAACUACAGCAGAAAUGGAAUUAAAUUCAGAGAUUGAGAAAUUAAAAGAACAAAAAAAAGAUAAUAUGGAGAAAGAAGAAUCUGAUAGGAAAUUUGUAACAGAAGCAGCUGGACGUUUAUCUGAAUUACAAAAGAUGCAAGAUGAAAUUGAUACAUUUAUAUACAAUAAAGUUCCCGAAUCUUUAGAAAACUCUGAAAAGAAAAUAAAAGAUUAUGAAGAAUUACUUAAUGAAUUGAUUAAGGAAAAAAGUGAUACAGAAACAAUAAUUAAUAAAUUAAAGGAAAAAGUUACUCGACAAGAAGUUCGAAAAAGAGAAUUAUCAGAUAAUCUUACACUGCGAAAAAUUCAGGACAAAACGAAAAAUUUACAGCAACAAUACUUGAACACAGAAAAGAAGUUAAAUACUAUAAAUUAUUCUCAAAUGCUCGAUGAAUGGAAAUAUUUAAAAGAUCGAGAACAAGCUUUACUUAGUCAGCAAAAUAUAAUUAAAGGGAAUAAAGAAGAAUUGGAAAGAACAAUGCAACAAUAUAUUCAAGAAUUAAAGAAAGAUACAUAUAGGCAAGCUCGUAAAAAUUAUAAAAGCAAAUGCAUUGAAUUAACGGUUUUAGAGGAAGCGAUAUUAAACUUGAAAGCAUAUAGCAAAGCAUUGGAUACAGCUAUGAUACAAUAUCAUGAAGAGCGUAUGGCCACAGUUAAUAGAAUCAUGAAACAAAUGUGGAAGCUUGUAUAUACUGGCAAAGAUACAACAUCCAUAGAAAUUCGUACGGAUGCUACUGAAGGGAUAGGCAGCACAAGAAGAACAUACAAUUACAAAUUAGUUCAAACAAAACAUGGUCAUGAAAUAGAUAUGAGAGGUCGCUGUAGUGCUGGUCAAAAAGUUUUAGCGUCGAUAAUUAUAAGACUCGCUUUAGCAGAAACAUUUUGUAAAGAUUGUGGAAUUCUUGCGCUGGAUGAACCAACAACAAGUUUGGACCAAGCAAAUGCUGAUAGUUUAGCAAAUGCAUUGGCUACGGUUGUUAAAUUGCGAUCACAACAUCAGAAAAAUUUUCAGCUAAUUAUAAUUAGUCAUGAUGAGAAAUUUUUGUUUAAGUUAGCUGAAUUAAACAAUAAUAAAGGAUUUUAUCAACUUUAUCGUAAACAAAACGGUUAUACAGCUGUUAAACACUGUUUAGUAGACAAUCAAGAUCAUUUUGUAUUAGAUGAUAUAAAACAAGAAUCUGACGAAGAGGCAUCUUCUAAUGAAGAAAAUGAAGAACAUUCCGUGUCACAAAAUGAAUCACACGAAACGGUUUUACAAAAACAAGCGCAUAAUGAUCAAACAGAUAAGAAAAGAAGAAAAAUUUCGGAUGACGAUGAGGAUUCUGUUGAAAGUAGAGCAUCAAAAAGAAGAUACGUUUUCCAAUAAAUUACAUUUAUUAUUUUUAUAAAAAGAAAAAAAUGAAUUAAAGCUUAAUUUUUACAAAUAUAAUUUCUGUUAU